AUGGUCAACAAAAUAAAGCAAGAUAAGCCAACCAGUGGAACUUUGACACCCCCUAGAGAUCAAAACACUUACAAAUCGGAUGAGCAAAUAAUUAUCGCAAUGGACUUUGGAACGACGUAUAGCGGCGUUGCAUUUGCAUUUCUUCCAAGUGAGAACCCUAUGGUUCAUAGUGUGGAUGUGUGGCCAGGGCUUCUCUGCAAACAACCGAAAACCCCUACGAUCAUAAGCUAUCAUAGAAAUGGCGGAGGCUUCGCCUGGGGAGCUCAGAAACAUAACGAACACCCGAUACACGGAAUCAAACUACUACUUGAUCCUACACAGGAAAUGCCAUCUUAUGCUUCCGCGUCGACUUUCAGAGGCGACCUCAAUCGCUCGGGCAAGCCAGCCGUUGAAGUGGCAGCUGAUUUUAUGCGAGCCAUUUACAAACACGCUAUGGAAAGAAUCGUGGCUGGUUGGCCUGAGGAUUACAUUCAAGAUUGUGACAAGAAAUUUGUCCUUUCCGUGCCCGCUGUCUGGUCAGACAGGGCGAAAGACUUAACUUUGCAGGCAGCUAGGAAUGCGGGGCUUUAUCAAGUGACUCUCGUCAAAGAGCCGGAAGCAGCAGCAUUAUAUGCGCUAACCGAAUUCAAAGACACGUCGCUAUCGAUCGGUGAUGCAAUCGUGAUUUGCGAUGCUGGUGGUGGUACAGUGGAUCUCAUAUCAUAUGAGAUCGUUAAAUUGGAUCCCAGGUUAGAGUUGAAAGAGCUCGUACCUGGUACUGGCUGUAUGGCAGGCUCAUUGAAUCUCAACAAAAGGUUUGAGGAAGUCCUCAAAGAACUGGUGGGGGAAGCUCAGUUUCACGAUCCCAAGAAUGCUAAGGUUUUCGCGGAUGCCUUGGUGCAAUUCGAGUCUUCUGUCAAGCGAAGCUUCGAUGGUGACCUUCCCGGUGACGAGCAUAUAUUCAAUUUUUUCAUGGGAAAUCUCACAGACGGCGAAAAGAUAGGCCUUGAGAACAAUCAUUGGAAUUUGAAAUGUUAUGACUUAAAACUCAUAUUUGACCCUAUAAUUGCAGAUAUCAUAGUCAAGGUCAACAAGCAGGUGCAGGAUGUUAUAGCCAAGAGACUCUUGGAGAACCAUCCAAAGGCGAAAACUAUCAAGGCAAUCAUACUUGUAGGCGGUUUUGGUUGUUCGGGGUACCUCAAAUCUCGACUUGUUCAAGAGCACCCAACUAUCCAACUUAUCCAGCCGCAUGAUGCUUGGUCCGCAAUCGUCAAGGGUGCUGUCCUGACUCAGCUUCCGCAAAAAGUCAUGGUAGUUUCAACACAGGCGACACGGCACUAUGGUGUCACAGGUAGUCAUAUCUAUCAUGACAUAGAAGAUAAAGGCUAUCCCAAGUUCAUGGAUGAAUACGGAAAGUGGAGAACACGACGUAUUACUUGGUACAUACAGCGCGGAGACAAUCUCCAACGACCACAGAAGAUCCAUUUCUCGUUUUAUCGAACUAUUCACAGCAUUUCGGAUGACAAUCUUAUAUUCAGGGAACAUCUUGAACAUUGUGAACUUGACAGUGCGCCUAUCCGCCCCGAUCCGACGGUCGCAGUAAAUUGUAGCCUGAAAGUUGAUCUGAGAAGCGUGGAUCCAACGACGUUCAGGGAGAAAACUGACAGGUUUGGAAACCCGUGCUGGGAUGUUCAUUACAAGUUGGUAGUGACAAUCAACUCCGCUAUCAUGAUGUUUUCACUUGAGUACAAGGGCAAAAACAUGGGUAGUGUUAAAGCGAAGUAUUCCUGA